AUGAGCCCCUCCCUUGGCACAUUCUUCACGCCUACCAGUGUUUUCUUCUCUCUCCUCGCCAUCGUCGGGCUCUCGCAGGUCUUCAAGAUCCUCUGCAGACGUGCGCACACCAUGCGUCGUGCCGGUCCACCUUCGUCAAGCUGGAUCUUCGGGGCCGGUCGCGUCCUGCGGGCUGCGGCCGACUCCGCAUCCCUGUACGAAGGCUGGUCGCGCGCGCACGGGUCCGUGUACGCAUUGCCCGCCGCGUUCGGCACGCACAGCAUCGUGCUCAUGGACCCGAAAGCGAUCGCACACUGCUCUGCGCGGGACACAUACGGGUACUUCAAAUCCAACCUGUCCAAGCUCGCGAUCCAGGACAUGAUCGGAAAAGGACUCCUGUGGGCCGAUGGGGGCUCCCACAAACGCCAGCGCAAAACCCUCACUCCCGCGUUCAGCAACAUCACCAUUCGGCGGCUGACCCCGAUCUUCUUCGAUUCUGCGUACAAGGUUAAGGCCACGUGGGACGGAUUCAUUGAAGCGGGUACGACGGGCGAGAGCGUGACCGACGUUCAGACUUGGUACCUCCUUCCGAACUGUCUCAUUUAUAUGAUGAACCGCGUCUCGCUCGACAGCAUUGGCCUCGCCGGGUUUGCUCACGAUUUCGGCACGCUGCGGGGCGAGAACCCGACCGUUGCGGCGGUAUUCGAUGCCUUCGGCCAUAUCGUGCCAUGGCUCAUCAAGCUCCCGACACAUCAUGAACGCAUGGUGCGCACGCUCAACCGGAGUAUGGGGGAGAUCGCAGACGUCAUGCUCGAGCGCGAGCGCAGGGCGGAGGAGAAGGAUCCAAGGAAGUCAGUCAUAGGGCUCUUGUUGAAAGCGGAGGGCAAUGAGGAAGUAAUGACCCAGGACGAGAUCAUGGCGCAAAUGAAAGUGAUGCUGUUAGCAGGAUACGAGACAACCUCCAUUAGCCUCACCUGGGCACUGAUUGAGUUGUCGAAGAACCAACAAAUGCAGACGAAGCUUCGCGAGGAGUUGGCACAGUUCGGCGCAAGUGAUCCCACAUGGGAUCAGUUGGCGAACAGCCUCCCGUACCUCGACGCCAUCGUACACGGGACGCUACGUACUCAUGCACCGGUAGGGGAGAUCAGCCGCGUGGCUAUGGAAGACGACGUGGUGCCCCUGAGCAUGCCUGCACUCGCAGCGGCAGGUGGCGCGACGACAGAUCGCAUUUCGAUCACGCGCGGAACGAUCAUCACGGUGCCGAUCCGCGCCAUCCACCUCUCAGAAGACAUCUGGGGACCGGACGCCAAAAUGUUCAAGCCCGAGCGGUGGCUCAGUGGCGACGAGCCCGCCGUGGCGCGCGUGAGGGAGCUGUCGGGGCACCGCCAUCUGCUCACGUUCUUCGAUAGUUCAAGGAUCUGCAUCGGGAAGAACUUCGCGCUCGCUGAGAUCAAGGUAGUGCUGUUUGUGCUGGUGCGCAGUUUCGUGUUCGAGCCCCGUGACGGGCCCGAGACGAAAAUCAAGACGAAGGUGGCGAUCAUGUCGCGUCCAACAAUCAAAGGGGAGGAGGGAGCGCAGUUUCCUCUGCGUGUCAGGAGGCUAGCGUAA